GAUUAGCUUGCGGCUUGGUCCCUACCUGUGCAACCUGCGGUGUCGUCACGGGCCCCGCCUUCCUGGUUUUUCCUGUUCGUCCGCUUCCUCCGUCCCAACCAGUCCUCGGCCAUGGGGACCCGGCCGGACGACGACUACAACUUCGUCUUCAAGGUGGUGCUCAUCGGAGAAUCCGGCGUGGGCAAGACGAACCUGCUAUCCCGGUUCACGCGCAACGAGUUCAGUCACGACAGCCGCACCACCAUCGGCGUGGAGUUCUCCACCCGCACCGUGCUGGUCGGCUCGGCCGCCGUCAAGGCCCAGAUCUGGGACACGGCCGGCCUGGAGCGCUACCGCGCCAUCACUUCCGCCUACUACCGGGGGGCGGUGGGAGCCCUGCUGGUGUUCGACGUGACGAAGCAGCAGUCGUUCGCGGUGGCCGAGCGCUGGCUGCGGGAGCUGUACGACCACGCCGAGGCCACCAUCGUCGUCAUGCUGGUGGGCAACAAGUGCGACCUGGCCCAGGCCCGCCAGGUGCCCACCGACGAGGCUCGCACGUUCGCCGAGAACAACGGCCUCCUCUUCCUCGAGACGUCGGCGCUGGACUCCACAAACGUGGAACUGGCCUUCGAGACGGUCCUAAGAGAGAUCUUCGCCAAAGUGUCCAAGCAGCGGCAGAACGGCGCCCGGGCAUCCGGGGUGGCCCUGGGCGACGGGCCGGAGCCGGGGUCUGGAGAAAAGAGAGCCGCCUGCUGCGUCAACCUCUGAAGCCCACCCCCGGACCGGCCCGCGAGCCGAGGCCCCGGACGCGUGGACCCCCCUCUCCCUACUCUUGGAAUA